UUGAAAAUCUUUUCGAAUUUUUUUCAGACUGACCUUGUUCGAACUCUUCAGGAGUAUAAGCGGCGUCGGCAUCACCAUAAUCAGUCUCAGCAUGCAAAAUCGCCCUCCGCAUCUGAAAUCUUAAGCGACGCUGUGCCGUCAGAGGUGGGGUCAAUAGAUAAUGAGAUUGCGGAUUUGCUAUUACGUGGACACUCUGCUUGGCGGCGCGUUCUGCUAUCACUUGAUUGUUCGCUGAUUGCACUCAAUAUCCUCGCCGGACCCGACAUGCCUCGCCCUGUCCUGAUGGAAGAAUUAAUUGAGGGCAUUGUCAAUGCCGCAUAUCGACAGUUGGUCGCAACCAUUCUGCCUGCGCCCGGAUAUCGCUAUUGA